UCCUCAUCGAGUGGACCUUGUGGUCAGCUGCAUAUCCAUACUUGUAUGUAGAGAAGAAUGUAAUACUGCUCCAGUAGGCAGCAUCCUCUCCUCUCCUAUAUCAUCAUCAUAUCCAAUCCUUGGUUGGUUGGUUCGUUCACAAGGAGGAAAGCCUCGAGCAUCAUCAUCAGUAGGAAGAAGAAGAAGAAGAAGAAGAAGAAGAGCAACAGGAAGAAGCAAGCAAGAAGAGGAAGAAGAAGAAAGCAAGGAGAAGAAGAUGCAGGACUGGGGUCCGGUGCUGAUAUCUUGGGUGCUGUUCAUCCUGCUGUCGCCGGGGCUUCUGUUCCAGAUACCAGGCAAGUGCAGGUUGAUCGAGUUCGGCAAGUUCCAGACCAGCGUCGUCUCCAUCCUCGUCCACACCAUCCUCUUCUUCGCCCUCGACGCCAUCUUCCUCGUCGCCAUCGGCGUCCAGAUCAACCUUGGCUCCUCUCCCUGAUUCUCUCUCUUUGUUUCUUCUAGGGCAGCAUCAGUACAGUAGCAGCAGGGUCCCAAGGAGGAAGAAUUUUGGUGGCAUUUUGCGUGGCACAAUGGUAAUGGAAAGCAUGAAGUAGUUGCCCCAUCGCCAUUCACAGCGACUGCCCUGGACCUGGACCUGGAACUGGAUGGAUGUCAAAUUAAGUUGAGCUACAAAACAAAAGCUACACAUUAUGUGCACAGUACAACCGACUGACCAUCCAUAUAUCCAUCCUAUUCUAUUCCUGCAACCAAGCUUCAGGAUAUAUCACACAUCUAUAGAGUGUAGUAUUUCACAAUCUAUAUUGAACAAAUCUCCAAGAAUUUUAUC